UCGGAGUUUGUCCCCUGCAGCACUCGCGACAGGAGCGCUCCCUCUCGCCAUGGGACUGGCUGGGGAAGGGCGCGUCCCAGCACCCGGGUCACUGCUCCGGAACCUCAAGACCCCUAUGUUUGUCGUCGUCGUCGUCGGUGUCCUGUCGGUCCUAGCCGACUCUGCCACCACCAAGCAGGAUGGGGUUCCCCAGCAGACAGCUGCCCCCCAGCGAUGGAGGCACAGCCCUGAGGAGGGUUUGUGUCCACCAGGAACCCAUAUAUCAGAAGAUAGUAGAGAUUGUCCCUCCUGCAGUUAUGGAGUGGACUACACCACUCAUUGGAACGCCCUCUCUUCCUGCCGACCCUGUUCGGUUUGUAAUUCAGAUGAAGAGGAGAGAAGUCCCUGCAACAUAACCGCAAACACAGAGUGUCAGUGCAAAGCAGACACCUACCGGGGAGAGGAUUCCCCGGAGUUCUGCCAGAAGUGCCUCCCCAGGUGCCCCGAUGGGAUGGUUGAGUACAGGCCUUGUACCCCCUGGAGUGACCUUGUGUGCGUCCCCGAAGGAUCAGGUCGCUGCAAGGACCUUAAGAGCCUGGACAAAGUCUUCUCCUGGUUCCAGAGGUCCCCAGGAGGGCCUGGGGCUGAGGACAAUGCCCGCAACGAGAUCCUGAGCAACAGAGACUCUUGUUCCACCCUGGACUCUCAGCAGACAAAGGAAAGCCAGGAGCCGGUAGUGCUGACAGGUGUCACCGUAACGUCCCCAGGGGAGGCAGAGCGUCUGCUGAACUUUCAGAACGAUGCUUGCUCAGAAAGUGACAUGUUGCAGGUGUCACAGCCGGCUGACUGCCAGGCCGCACCGGAAUCCGGGAUUCCUGACUCUGACCCGGGGCGUCCCCACCGGGUGUUCCAGGGACAGGCAGAAGCUGAAGAGUCUCACAGGAGGAGGCUGCUGGUUCCAGCAAACGGCGCCGAUCCCACUGACACUCUGAGGCUGUUCUUUGUCUACUUCCCACGUGUUGUGCCCUAUAACUCCUGGAACCCACUCAUGAGGCUCGUGGGACUGACGGAGAAUGACAUCCAAAUAGCCAGAGCCUGUGCAGCCUGCAAAGAGGACGCCCUGUACGAAAUGCUCGAGCGAUGGGUCAGCAAGAUGGGGCGGAAGGCCUCGUUGCACAGCCUGCUGGAGGCCUUGGACAGGGUAGGACAAAGAUAUGCAAAGGAGACCAUCGAGGACCACCUGGUGGGCUCCGGGAAGUUCAUCUAUCUAGAAGAUGAGGCAGGCUCUGCUGUGUCCUAAUCGUGAAAGAAUCUCUUUAGAAGCUCUUCAGAGCUUCCCUAGUUUACCUUUUUUUCUUGGGAAAAAAGCACCAUUGGACAACAAGCCUACAGCAAACAGGCAGAAAUUUCACAUGACUGGUGCUGGAAGAAACUCUGAUCCUGUAUGAAGAAUGUCCUAGAAUUUUUUCAGCAAUU